AUGGUAGGGGUCAGCCCCCAAAGCCUAGUAAAUCCUAUAAAGGAUAGUACUCUUUGGGCUCCGGGUGGAGGAAGUUCGGGCUCCGUGCUCAGCCUGAGGGCCCUGGCGGGUGGCUCGCUGCUGCUGUGCGCCGCGCUGCUGACCGCAGGCUGCGCCCUGGGCCUGCGCCUGGGCCGCAGGCGGGAGGCGGCUGACCGCGGGGUGCUCAACUGGCUCUGCUACGACGCCCUGGUGCACUUCGCACUGGAAGGCCCUUAUGUCUACUUAUCCUUAGUAGGAAACAUUGCAAAUGCCAAUGGCUUGAUUUCUUCAUUGUGGAAGGAAUAUAGCAAAGCUGAUGCAAGGUGGCUUCAUUUUGAUCCAACCAUCAUGUCUUUGGAAAUACUAAUCAUUUUCCUGGGUGGGUCUCGGGCAUUGGUUCUCAUUUAUGCCAUAGUCAAAGAGAAAUAUUACCGGCAUUUCAUACAGAUUACCCUGUGCAUGUGUGAAUUGUAUGGUGGGUGGAUGACCUUCUUUCCAGACUGGCUUAUGGGAAGCCCCAACUUCAACACCAGCAGUUGGCUCUACUUUUGGGUCUAUCUGGUAUUUUUCAAUAGUGUGUGGGUUCUGAUCCAAGUACAGUUACUGUGGCAGUCAUGGAUAGAACUCAAGAAACUGCAUUACAAAGGAGCCAGUUCAGGGAAAAAGUUUCAGUGA